CAGCUCUCAAACGUCAUGCUAGAUGCCUUGAAUAUCGUUGUCUUUAUGGGCGGAUUGCUCCGUAACAUCUCCUUACAUGUCGCAAAAAGACAUUUUAUCCCUAGCAAGAUCACGAAAAUUCGAUUUCUCAUGGAAAGACGAACUACUUUCGCUGGGGGAGAAAAUAAACUCGAUGGUCGUUUCAGAUCAGCAACAGAUACCAGCCAUGUCAGGUCUCCAAAGAAGCACUGCAGCUGUCUGGAACUUGUGAGGGAAACUAUCCCUGCUCUUGUAAACUGUUCUCACAAAGGACAGCUGGGCAGAAUAGGGGUGAUAGGUGGAUGUCAAGAGUAUACAGGUGCUCCAUAUUUUGCGGCAAUAUCAGCAUUGAAAGCAGGUGCAGAUUUGUCUCACGUGUUUUGCACAAGUGAUGCAGCUUUGGUGAUAAAGUCAUACAGCCCUGAACUUAUUGUACAUCCACUUUUAGAUAGAAAAACGGCAGUGAAGGAGGUGAAAGAUUGGCUUUCAAGACUUCACUGCCUUGUUGUUGGUCCAGGAAUGGGACGAAACCCAACAAUCAUUGAAAAUGUCAAGGGAGUGCUUGAGCUUGCAAAGGAACAGGGAAAACUCCUUGUCAUAGAUGCAGAUGGACUGUAUAUGAUAACAUCAUACCCUGACAUAAUCAAGAAUUAUACCAAAGCAAUUCUUACACCAAAUGCUAUGGAAUUUACAAGACUGUACAGCACAAUGUUUGGCCGUGAACCCGACCCCUCCAUAGACACUUCAGAUCAUGUGACACAGUUGUGCAGAGAGUUAGGUGGAGUCACAAUAUGUCGAAAAGGACAAGAAGACAUUCUUGCUGAUGGAAAAGAUGUGGUCCAUUGCACUACAGAAGGCAGCAACAGACGUUGUGGAGGGCAAGGUGACCUUUUGUCUGGUUCUAUGGGAGUGUUUUUCCACUGGGCUGAUAUGGCAUUCAAGAAAAUGAGUAAAGAUGAAAGGGCAUGCGCUUAUGGUCGAUCCUUGGUGGCAGCCUAUGGCGCCUGCGCACUUACAAGAACCUGCAACAGACUGGCGUUCGCGAAGUACCGGCGGAACAUGACGACUACGGAUAUGAUUCCUGAAAUUCACGACGCCUUUGAAUUGUUAUUUCCCGAAAAAAAGCAAGAUGAGCCCGUAACGAGACAAGAACACACGGUGUAAAGUAUAUUAAGUUUCUAGAAAUGGUCCAUUUACGGAAAAUAUUUACGAUUAUCAUAAGAAAAAACGCCGUCAGUGAGGUCAGAGAAAGGUAUGCCGUACACUUUUGCUGCUUUAGAAAAGGUUUCCUAAAUGACACAAUUAAUAAAUUUACACAAUGAGAAUUCCGUGGUGUUGGCAUGGUAUAAAGAUUGUACGUAACAUGUGAAUGCGAAGAAUUACAGAAUCAGAAAGAAAGAUUAAAAAUAGUAUUGUUAUUUCGUGUAACAGCCUUACGUAUCACACCUGACUCGUCCUCUACUGAAAUCUUAAUCUCCUACCCAGAUCUCACUCACUUUGACGCCUUCCGCUUGGCCGUGGGAGGCCUGGGUGCAAGAUUAUUGAAAUCCUAACUAAACAGUAGGAACUGAAGGAGGAAGGGCAGCUUUGUCGUUCCUACAGUAGCGGUGUGCAGUUCUAUCACGUAUUGACUACAUAAAUAUAAUUUACAAAUAUUUGUUAUGUGCCUGCGACCAUUGGACGUAGCCUGCGAGUUGGCUUCCUUGUUUAGUGUUUUGUGGGAACGGCGAAGCCGCGAGCCAAGCCUGAGAAAUGAACGCGAAACCCAAAGAUGAGAGCAUGCUCGAGGGUAGACUGCAAAACAGUCGUUUUCGGACGUUUUCGGAAGGCGCGAAGCGCCGUAAGCGCGAUUCUCGCAUGUGAAGCGCGCGAGCCUCACACGCCCGUAGGGCGUUUGAGGCUCCCUCGCCGUUUUUACACUCGCUCCAGACCUUUCGUUCGAAUAUUGACCGUCGCUCGCGUUCGCAAAAAAUACGACUGUUUUUGCCGUCUAACUCGAGUGCAACAUUGAUUCUACUCAAAGGGAAUUUUCUGCUGACGUCCUUUUUCGGUCAUACCUACCUUAUUUUACCACCAUAUCCCAAGGCUCUAAAGAUGACUUCCGCUUCGGUUGUCGAAACGUCACUCACCAACAACAGUUCUUUUAAGAACCACCCUCAACCAGAAGAUCAGACUUAAAAAAACAUUUGCUAUGUUACUGUUAAAAAACGAAACUAAAUCUCGUUAGUCCUACCAACCUCAAAUUUGGAUACAACAUCCUGUACGCAGAAACACCGUUGUCAUGGCACUAUUGUUGCUGUAACUUCCACUGCUUAAUUCAUUGUACGUCGUGCAAGAAAAGUGGAAUAAACGAUUUUUUAUGUUAAUGAAAACCUGGCCAAGGUUUGUACAGAGUAUGGAAAUCUGCAAACUAGUUUUCCAGACCUGGAAAAAGUGUAGAAAAUAAAAAAUAUAUAUAUGAAAAAUGGAAAAAGGGUUGGAGUAUAUUUUUUCUGUUUCAAACUCCAGCCAGUGCAUUAGAUAAUAGAAGUGCAUCUUGUUUAAGUCUUGAAAAAAAAAACAAACAUAAUUUGUUGUAAAAGGUCGUUCUGAAGGUAUUGAAAAAGUCAAGAAUUUUGCUGGUCAAAACGACGAAGGAUCCCUGCGUGACGUCAUUACCGAAAUAUAAGGAAAAGUAUACAAAAAUCACGCCACUGCUUUAAGUUGCGCUAUCAUGAAAAUGACUUCGAAACGUCAAAACCCAAACCACAUUUUCAUUAAUGUAAAACUAACACACAUUGUCUAGUUUUGCUAAAAUUACUAUAUAAAGUGGAAUCCCGAUUUUUCGAACCUCCAAGGGAAACGAAAAUUGGUUCGGAAAAUCGGAUAG